AGAACCGCCUUCAACCCAAGCAGCCUGCUCUUUAUUUCUUCUCCACAAUUGUGCCUCCAUGACCUCAGGAGUGACUGCGGAAAUGGAAAUGGAGCUGCACGACUUGCUGCAAGAGUUCCAGGAUGUGGUGGAGGAACUGCAGGCCCCCCCCAAAAAAAGCCUGCAUGCGUACCAGCACGUGCUGACGGGGGCCAAGAGUCGCAUUGUGCUGGGAGAUGACAGCGGGGUCGAAGACUCGGAUUACAGCAGUGAAGCAUCUUUGGGAAACAGUUUGAAUGCCAGUGAGGAGGAGCUCCACACAGCAGGCCUAACGCUGCGACCAAAAGCCAAGCUGGGAGACACAAGGGAGCUGGAGAGCUUUAUUGAUGUGUUGGACCGGGAACUUGCUGAGAUGUAAAAAGCCCCAUCGAGGGGAGGGGGGGAAGAAAACAGGCCGGAGGAGAGGCGGCCGGACCGACUGCCGCCGAACAGACGGACGGAUCUCCACCAAAGCACAUUGGAGGGAGAGCUUCAGGCGUAAAGGUUCAGAUCAGCCUCAAACGGGGCUUUUCAUUUGUCUUAGAAAAGGCCCGAGACCCCCCUGAUGAUGAUGCGGCGUCCUUGUCCACGAGAAAGAGGAGCCUGCAGCAUCAUCUUCAAGAUGUGUGACAUAUUCCCAAAUCUAGAUAAAACCUCCAUCUGUCUGAGAGAAGGAUGCCUCCAGUGCUCAGAAUCUGUUUAUGCCUCAUUUCAAAUUCCCUUAAGUACUAAACCAGGAAAUAGCAUCAAUUCCUUCGGCAUGCUUUUUUUAAGGAGGCUUUGUGUAGUAGCACAACUAUGCAGCACUUUACUUUAACUCCAAGUCCCUGCUGUGUAAUAUCAAAAUGCCAUUUAUGUCUUCACUGUGCAGUUCUUGUUAUUGUUCUUUUUUUUUUUCACCCUAUCAAAUGUCAUGCAGGUGAAUGCAUGUGUUGUAUAAAUAAAGCUCCAGUUGAUAUGA